UUAUCGCACUCUGCUUCUUCUCUCAUGCAACUCCUCGUCUCUUUUGGUCUUCAGAGUGUCUUCGUACGGAAACCCUAUGUUCCUUGCUCUCUCACUUGCAGGUUAAUUUCCUGAUUCACUCAACCACAGCUGUUCCAGAUGUGUGAACUAAUGGAGCAACUCUCGGAGCUGUCAGUGUCUCCUCUGAUUCCGUCACUUCCAAACGACGUUACCCUCGACAUCGUAGCUCGCGUACCCAGAAGCCACUACCCAACUCUCUCCCUCGUCUCCAAGAGUUUCCGGAAACUCAUCGCCUCGUCUAAGCUCUACAAGAGGCGAUCUCAGCUAGGCAUCAACCAACACCGUCUCUUCGCCGUCCUCCGCAACAGCAACUCCGGUGAUUUCAGUCUCUACAUCCUCCACAGGAAACUCAACUGCACUAACCGCUUGGUCCUUGUCCUGCCACUUCCCCCCCAUGUCUUCCCGUGGAAGCUACGUCCCUGUUGGUUCAAAGGUGUAUGCGUUUAACGACAUCGACGUGCUCAGCAUUGACUGCACAUCUCACACGGUCCACCCCAUCGCCGACAUCCCUCAGCGCAUGGCUUAUAAAGUGGUUAACGCGGUCGGGAAGAAGGUUUAUGUACUCGGUGAUUCGUUUUGUCAUGUGAUUGAGGAGGGUGGUGGGUGGUGGAAAGGGUGGAGGAAGGCAGUGACGGUGUUCGAUGCAGAAACACAAUCGUGGGGGGCUAAGUUGGUGAAGGAAGAUAUGGCUAUAGGUCUAGGUCCCUUUUGGUCUGACUCUGUGGUGAUGGAGGGUAAGGUUUACAUGAAAGGCUGCAUCAACCGCAACUCUUUUGUUUAUGGGCCAGUGGGAAAGAAAUGGGAAGUGAUGGACGAGGUGAUGAACUCUAAGGACUGGGAAGGUGCGUGUGUGGUUGAUGAUGUCUUGUACUAUCACGAUUGUUCCGAGAAGGCGGUUUUGAGGGCUUUUGAUCCAAAGCAGAGGUGUUGGAGUGUUGUCAGCGGUUUGGAAGAGUUUUUGGCGGCUGAGACUGCUAAGUCGAAGUGGUGCGAUGCGGUGAGCUACGGCGAGAAGAAGUUGGCUCUCUUCUUUCCUAAGAAACAUGAAGGCAGUAAGGUCAUUUGCUGUGCAGAGAUUGCUUUGGAGAGACGCCAAGGAGGAGAGAUUUGGGGUAAGAUGGAGUCGUGUGAUGUUGUCGUUGACGAUGGGGUGUCUGAACUGGUGAAGUGUGUGGCUGUUACCGUUUGAUGUAAUGCAGCAUGAUAAUAACAUCUCUAUUUUAGAUUCCUUCGUAUUUUAAAUUUUCCUAAAUGCCAUCUCGUGUGGUUGAUCGUUUAUGUUAAGACAAAACCUUGAGAGGGUGUUGUUGUUUAAUACUCUGUUACAUGUGUUUCUAAAAUUUGCCAUGUUUGGUUUUUGAAUCGUUUCCUUACUAUACAGGAAAAUUUUAGGAACUUUUGUGCUCUGACGAACUCAGUCAGACACACGAAGGUUGCUGGAAUAACCGGAACCAAUCGAACCAUUCAUUAAACCGGCAACCAAACCAAAAUUUCAAUAACCCUUAUCAGUAGAGAACCGGAUAAAAAAAAUCCACAUUUCAUACAACCAAGAAUUAGAGUUAGCCAUGAAAUUGAAAGAUUACAACCAAGAAUUAGAGUUAGCCAUGAAAUUGAAAGAUUGAUCUUGCACCACCAACCUUUUAAAAAUUCAUAUAAAUUAUACGUACUAAUUUUUCUUUAAUUAUUAAACUCUUAACCUUUUAAAUUUAACUACAAUAUAUUAAAAUUAAUAUAUACAAACAGAGCAGACAUUGUCAAUAAUCAGUGAGACCAAAAGUAAUUAAAUAGAGAAUUAUCAACAACAUAGCAUGCAUUAUCGUCUCACCGAUUGACACUUAAAAGGCAGUGACGUUUAGUUGAUUACUAAAAGAAGAUGAAAUGAAUCUCACAGGUGAAAAAAGUCGUAAAGGAUGUGCCAAUAUGGCCAGUCAAACGUACGAAGACCGUCGUUAAUAGAAAAAAUACAGUAUAGUGAUGCUUCUUGUUUUGGUGUUACAAAUAUAAAAAAAAAGUGAUGCUUCUUGCAUUAUCUUUAGAAUUAGAAUAAUGCCCACUUGACUUGACCCCUUCACCAUAACAAUAUUUGGACUUGUCUCCUGAGAAAUUUAAUGCUCAUCACACCAUCACUGCGUCAUUUAACUCAAAUCCAUAUGCUUCUUAAAUGCUACGUUCAAUACUAGAAUCUUUCCAUAUUUAGCUCUGUUUUGUUUGGUUCCGGUUUAGGAAAGAAGCUAUGGGACUUCAUGAGAGCAUGAAUCCUUUUAUUCUUGCACUCGCUUUCUUCUUGUCGAGUGUCUGUCUUGCUCAGGAAAGAACUUUCUUCCCCGGCAAUCUCAGUGACUCAGACACGAUCGUCUCCAGCCUUGGCACGUUCAGGUUCGGUUUCUUCACCCCUGUUAACUCCACAAGCCGGUACGCGGGCAUAUGGUACAACAACAUUCCUAUACAAACUGUGAUAUGGGUAGCUAACAAAGACAAGCCCAUCAACGACUCCUCUGGAGUUAUCUCUCUGUCGGAAGAUGGAAACCUCGUACUCACAGAUGGUCAGAGGCGUGUUCUAUGGUCAACCAACGUCACUACUCAAUCCCGUGCCAACUCUACCGUCGCUGAGCUUUUGGAUACAGGGAACCUCGUGCUAAAAGAUGACAACAGCGAAACAACUCUUUGGGAGAGUUUCAGGCAUCCUACUGAUUCUUGGUUACCAAACAUGGUUGUCGGGACAAACGCAAGAGCCUCUGGAGAGAACAUCACGAUAACUUCAUGGAAAAGCCCUUCAGAUCCUUCUCCAGGGAGCUACACCGCUGCACUCGUUCUCGCUGCGUAUCCAGAGCUUUUCAUCAUGAACAAGGAUGAUAAUAACGCUACGGUGUGGCGAAGUGGGCCCUGGAACGGCCAGAUGUUUAAUGGUUUACCAGACGUGGAGCCAGGAGUCAUCUUUCUUUUCAGAUUCACGGUUAAUGAUGAUACUAAUGGAUCAGUCACCAUGUCGUAUGCUAAUGACUCCACUUUGAGAUACUUGUACAUGGACUACAGAGGAUCUGUGAUCAGGAGGGACUGGAGUGAGGCUAGGAGAAACUGGACGGUCGGGUUACAAGUUCCGGCGAGCGAGUGUGAUAUCUACAAAAGAUGUGGUCCAUUCACUACGUGCAACCCACGGAAGAACCCGUCGUGUUCUUGCAUUAAAGGGUUUGGGCCAAGGAGCCUCGUAGAGUGGAACAAUGGGAACUGGAGUGGUGGAUGCACAAGGAGGACACCUUUACAAUGUGAGAGACAGAACAAUAACGGGAGUGCUGAUGGGUUUACAAGGCUAAGGAGAAUGAAGCUGCCUGACUUUGCAAUAAGAUCAGAAGCUAGUGAGCCAGAGUGUUUAAGGACUUGUUUGCGGACAUGUUCUUGUAUAGCUUGUGCUCAUGGGUUAGGUUAUGGUUGCAUGAUUUGGAAUGGAAGUUUAGUUGAUUCACAGGAGUUGCCUGCUGGUGGAAUGGAUCUUUAUAUCCGUCUUGCACAUUCAGAAAUCAAAACUCCGGACAGAAGACCGGUUAUUAUUGCUUCAUCAUUGGCUGGAGGUAUACUUGUUGUGGUAGCUUGUGGUCUCAUGGUGCGGCAGCUUGUCAUGAAGAGAAGAGCGAGAAAGAAAGGAAGAGACGCUGAGCAGAUUUUCAACAGAGUAGAAGCUUUAGCUGGCGGUGAUAAAGCAAAGUUGAAAGAGCUACCAUUGUUUGAGUUUCAAGUGUUGGCUGCGGCAACUAAUAACUUCUCUCUCAGAAACAAGCUCGGACAAGGCGGCUUUGGUCCUGUCUACAAAGGGAAGUUGCAAGAAGGGCAAGAGAUUGCAGUGAAGAGACUUUCAAGAGCAUCAGGACAAGGGCUUGAGGAGCUUGUUAAUGAAGUGGUUGUGAUAUCUAAGUUGCAACACCGGAACCUAGUGAAGUUACUUGGUUGCUGCAUUGCAGGAGAUGAAAGGAUGCUAGUCUAUGAGUUCAUGCCCAAGAAAAGCUUAGACUAUUAUCUAUUCAACCCGGUUAAGGCCAAACUUCUUGCUUGGGAGACACGGUUUAACAUAAUCAAUGGGAUAUGUAGAGGUCUUCUGUACCUUCACAGAGAUUCUAGGCUGAGAAUCAUUCACAGAGAUCUAAAAGCUAGCAACAUCUUGUUAGAUGAGAAUCUGGUUCCCAAGAUAUCUGAUUUCGGUUUGGCUAGGAUUUUCCCAGGGAAUAAAGAUGAGGCAAACACAAGAAGGGUCGUUGGAACAUACGGCUAUAUGUCACCAGAAUAUGCAAUGGGAGGACUGUUCUCAGAGAAGUCUGAUGUUUUCAGCUUAGGAGUGAUACUCUUGGAGAUUGUCAGUGGAAGAAGAAACUCAAAUUCAACUCUUUUGGCUUAUGCAUGGUCAAUCUGGAACGAAGGGGAGAUUACUGAACUGGUGGAUCCUGUGAUCUUUGAGCAAGUCUUUGAGAAAGAAAUAAAGAAAUGCGUUCACAUUGCGCUUUUGUGUGUGCAAGAAGCUGCUAACGAUAGGCCAAGUGUUGCUACAAUGUGUUCAAUGCUCAGCAGCGAGAUUGUAGACAUUCCAGAACCGAAACAGCCUGCGUUUAUAACAAGGAACGUUGUUGCUUCAGAAGAAGCAGGGUCCUCUGAGAACAGUGAACCUAAAGCUUCUAUCAACAAUGUCACCAUCACUGAUGUCUCAGGACGUUAGAACCCUCAGAAACAAAACAUAUGUUUAUUAAAGAAACCCUGUAUGGAUGGCCAGAGAUACAUCAUUCCAUCUUUAUAGAUGGUUAAGGUCUCAAACAUGUAGUAAUGUAAAAGUGCUUACUGUAAUAUAACAAUUGUACGACAUCAGAAUAUGUAAACCAAGAAUCCACUUCUCUUAA